AUGAAUAAGAUGGCUAGCACUCAUAACGAGAUUAUUCCGCGACUUGGUUUUGAAGAAAUGAGGAACGAAAUGAACAAAUACGGUGUGGAAAUAAAUCAGAGUACGUUAAAAAACCCGAGCACAGAAGAUAUACAAGGGAUAUAUAGUUUAUGUAUAAAAUAUAUAUUAAAUAAAGAUAUUCAGAAUAUACGAAUAGAAGAGUAUACAGGAGAUUUAAAAAGUUCUUUACCCACAGUUGAUGGUUUACAGAUAUUACCAAAUGAAGGUAAGAAUCAUUUACAAGCUAUUGGUAAUUUAAGAUUUCUUCGACAUUGUGAAAAGAUUAAUAAGAUAUUAAAUUUAGAUAAUAUUUUAAGUUAUAUUUUUAAGCCAGUAGGUAGUCAUAUGACAAAAUUAAUAAAUGCAUUUAUACAUUUUAUGAAAUAUCGCGAUCAAUUAUAUAAUGAGAAUGGUGAAAAGAUAAAAAGUAUUCAAGAAAAAAAGAAUGAAUAUGAUGUUUUAGAAAAUGAAUAUGAUGCUUUAGAAAAUGAAUUGAAUAAAUUACUUUUAAAACAUGAGGACAUAAGGAAUAAUAUUAUUAAUGAAAAGAAUAUUAAAAGAAAUUAUGAGGAAGAUAUUAUAAAAAAUCAAAAUUUAUUAAAUUCACAACAGAGUCUUAUAAUAUCUUUAAAUUCAACAAAGGAUAAAAUCGUAAAUGAAACAAACGAGUUAAUAUUUCAGUAUUCAAGAUAUAGACAAAAAAAAGAAGAUUUAGAAGAUCAAAUUGUGCCAUCACCCGAAAAAUUACAAAAAUAUAAUGAAGAAUUAAAAGAUCAUCUUUAUGAACAUAUAGCUCAAUUUGAAGAUGAUAGAAAAAAAAAUGAAGAUAUUAAAAAUAAAAUCAAUAUAGCUGAUAUUUGUAUAAAGAAAUUAGUUGAUUUAUUAACGGCAUUAAAUGAACAUAUUGAACAUACAAUUAAAUUACAUAUUGAAAAAAAAAAUAAUCUUCAAACCAUAGAGAAACAAUAUAAAUCUUUAACAAAUGAAAAACAAAAUUUUAUAACAAAAAAUACAGAACAAGAUAAAAUUAUAAAAGAAACAAAAGAAUUUCUACAGCAAGAACAAACAAAAUGGAACCAAAAAAUUAAACAAGAACAACAUAAUACUAUAUUAAUACAACAAAAAGUAAAAGAUAUAUAUCAAAAUGUUGAUGAUCUUAAUAUUAAAACUAAUAGAGAAAUUAACCAAAUUAAUAAUAUCAUUAAACAUAUACAAGAUAUUAUUAAUCAUUAUAAUAAAAACAUCCUUCUAAUAACUGAACUUAUACAAAACACGAAAAAUUCUCACAGUAUACUUACACACAAGGUACUCAACAAUAUACAAAAGGAUAUCAGCGCAAACAUGUGA